CUCUGUCUGCCUCUCUUCUCUCUCCGUGUCUAAUCUCAUCCCUCCUUUCCUUUCUUCCCCAAAUUCUCAAAUCCCUAAAUUCUCAGUCUCUGAUUAAAUUUGCUUGCUUGUUAAAUUCCAAGAAAGCAUUCACUUUCAUCUUCUUCAACCUCACCGGCGUCCUCCUCAUGCAUUAGUUUGAUUGGAUUGUACAAGCUCCAAUUCCAUCCUUUUGGUUGGGAUUCUUGCGGCUCUGGCACCGCCCUGAUCGGUCGGCGUAAGGCCCUGCAAUCGCCGGAGAAUCUAUGUGUGGUCGCGAGAUUAGGAGACUAGGGCUUGUCAAUUUGGGUACAUGCGCUUUGGGUGCGGGAUAAAUGCGUCUAGAGUUGGAUCUAGGGUUCUCGAGCCUUGUCGUCCUCGUUGCGUGCGCCGUGGUUCCGCUGAUCGUUCUGGUCCUCCGGAGCAAAUGGCGCCGAAGUGCGGCCAGGAAGGAGGAGAUCCGGCGGCUCAUGAUCCUCGCCUCGGAGGAAACUGUUCGAGCUGAGCUUGAAGCCUCAGGUGGCCAUGGCUGUGGCUAUGGCUAUGGCAAUGACUAUGACUAUGACUAUGCUUAUGCUGAUGGUUACGGUGAUGGAUAUGGAGCUGUCCCGGCUUCUCAGAUCAACCAUUGUGCCGUUUGCCAUUCCCCGACCACUACACGGUGUGCCCAGUGCAAGGCUGUUAGAUACUGUUCUGGAAAGUGUCAAAUCAUCCAUUGGCGACUAGGCCAUAAAGACGAAUGCCGUCCUCCUGCUACAAAGAGUGAUAUUGAUGACAAGAUCUUGAAACACGAACAAGAUGUCAGUUGUGGUAGCAAACUUGAGGAUGAAAGCAGGCUGCAGUCUAAGUCAGCAGCCUUGUUUCAUGGUGAUUCGAUAUCUGCCGAUUCCACUGAAGCAUCAAAAGUGAAGCGCAGAAGUCUCAAAGCUGAUUUCAUUGCUGAUGAUGCUGCAAAUGACAAGAGCAGGACCAGCUCUUGUGCUAAUAAUGUGGAUCAAGCUAAGACAAUAUCUCAGAAAUUUGCGAGUUUGGUUGACACUGUAGGUAGUUGUUCUGGUGUAAGCGGUUUCAAUCAAACCAAUCCAGUUUCUUCUGCUGGACAAGUCCAAUGCAAGUUGACAAGUCCACCAAGUUCAGCCAAUGGAAGCAUGCGAGAUAGUUCAGCUGCUGAACCAUCUAGAAGCUCAACCAGUUUUUGGGAACGCGCUCUUGAUCCUUCUUUGCCAACAGGUCUUCUGCGUAAAACUUCUGUACCAUCAACCGCUGAUGGGAGCAGAACUAACAAUGUAUCAGAUUCUAGUUUGAACUAUUCUGUCAACUCAUCUGGAAGUAACAUUGUGGAAAAGGCAUCGUUGCAUGACCCUGCUCCAAAAAAUAAGGAUAACAGUGAGUCAAUUUUGGAGAGUGUGGACACAUGCAAUGAGUCAAAUUCCUUAUCAUUGAAGAGUGAAAGGAGUAGUUAUAUGAGGAUUGACAGCACACUUGGUUCAGAGUCAUUCAGAUCUUCCGAAGCCAAAUCCUCCAUCUCCUUGCAAUCUAAUAUAUCUUCAGGUUCCCGAAAAGAUACUUCUGCAACUACAGCUUGUAGAAGCAGUAACAGGCACUUAGAUCCUAUUGUGAGAUCAAGGCAGGCUGAUGAAACCAAUGCUACCGCUGCAGCAGUAUCUUCUGAGGUUGCUGGUCGUUCGCCAAGUGCUGGAAGUGACUUGAAGACAUCUGUUGCGAAAGUUGCAGACCAACUAAAAGGGUCCAUACCAUUGCAGCAGUAUUCAUUGCGAGGCGGCAGUGACAUAGCUGGAAAAUACAGUGACAAGGGGUUCUUUCCUUAUGAAUUGUUCGUCAAGCUUUACACUUGGAAAGAAGUGGAAUUGCGGCCAUGUGGCUUAAGAAAUUGUGGGAACAGUUGUUAUGCCAAUGCGGUUUUGCAAUGCCUGGCAUUUACUCCUCCUCUCACUGCAUAUUUUCUGCAAGGUCUCCAUUCAAAAAUGUGUGCAAAAAAGGGCUGGUGUUUCAUGUGUGAAUUCGAGUCUUUAAUUCUGAAGGCCAAAGAGGGUGAGUCUCCGGUUUCCCCAUUUGGGAUCGUAUCCCGACUGGAAGAUAUUGGAAGCCAGCUUAGCAAUGGAAGAGAAGAAGAUGCACAUGAAUUCCUGAGGUACACAAUUGACGCGAUGGAGUCUAUUUGUCUUAUGGGAUCUCGGAUUCCCCCUGGUUCCUUGGAGGAAGAUACCACUCUUGUAGGCCUCACUUUUGGAGGCUAUCUUCGGUCCAAGAUAAGAUGCACAAAUUGUCAAAGCAAGUCUGAGCGGCACGAGAGAAUGAUGGAUUUGACUGUUGAAAUAGAUGGUGAUAUCGGAACCCUUGAAGAAGCUCUCCGACGGUUUACUCUAGCGGAGACUCUCGAUGGUGAGAACAAGUACCACUGCAGCAGAUGUGGCUCCUAUGAGAAGGCCAGGAAGAAGUUAACGAUACUGGAGGCUCCAAAUGUACUUACCAUUGUGUUAAAACGAUUUCAGACGGGGAAACUUGGAAAGCUCACUAAGUCUAUUCGCUAUCCCGAGAUCCUUGACUUGGCUCCUUACAUGAGUGGGACAAGUGAUAAGUCGCCGAUAUACAGACUUUACGGAGUAAUUGUCCACUUGGAUGUUACGAAUGCCUCAUAUUCUGGUCACUAUGUCUGCUAUGUUAAAAAUCCGCAGAACAAGUGGUUCAGCAUUGAUGAUAGUAGAGUAACACCUGCAGACCUGGAAACCGUCCUGAAAGUUGGGGCAUACAUGCUUCUCUAUUCAAGGUGCUCUCCACGGGCUCCCAGGUCAAUAAGGAAUCGAAUAAGAUCUUCCGAUCCGAAGCCCAAGCAUGUACCAACCAGGGUCAUGCCGAAGAUUCCCACACUGAACCUCAAACAUUCAGGCGGAUCAUGCGAUGAUCUUCAUCCCAACCCGAUGUCGUCAGAUGGGCUGGCUAGCAUGGAAACUUUCUACUCGAGGUUCCAAAGGUUACGAAGGAUGCUAGAGGAGGACUCCCCAAGCGACAGCUCUUCCCUGUUCAGCAACAACUCUGAUGAGGGCUCCUCGAGCUCAGAUGGGACCCGGGAAUCAACCUGCACUACUGAUGACUUCUCUGAUUUUCUCUUUGGUGGGUGGAGCAGCUCGUGGAGGAACUCUUCUGAUUCGGAUUCCUCAUCCUCUUCCAUGCCAUCAUCCUCGUCCUCCUCUCCCAUGGCCAGCAGCUCUCAGAGGCGAGCCGCAGGCUUCCCUGAGACAAGCGUGCCCCUGGUAGACAGCGAGGCGAACAAUUCUUUUUUGCAUUCUGACACGAGUAAGAGUCGUAGGAAUUUACUUAGCAGUAGUAGUAGUGGCGGUAGGGGUAAUUGUAGGCAGACUGACUCAGAGAGAUUAGUAGAUGCUGCUAACGGUUUUGAUGGUGUAAAGUCGGGCAGGAGAUCCGUGACUGCAGGGGAGAGAACGGAGAGAGUCCCUUGACUGGAUUGUAAGGGCUUAAGAGGGUAGGGAAGGGGGAUCAUUGUGAGGGUAGAAAUAAGGAGUUGUAUUUAAAAUGUAAAAUCCGUAGUUUGGGGGUCAUUGUGUGGAAAUUUUUGCCCUUCUAACUUUUUAAAGUGCUAUGUCCUGAACUCUGUUUUACCCCAAGAAAAGAAAAUGUAAAUGAAAAUGGAGUGGGUGAAAGAGAGAGUGGUUCAAAUGGUGUGCCUCUUGAUUUUCUUUUUUCGGUCAAGCAGGGAGGUUCAUUUUUUUGCUGAAUAUAUGGGGAGAUUCAUGAGUUUAGUACAA